AUGUCUCGCAUGUGGGAGGUCGACCCAGAGACAAGGACAAAGCUCGUCCAGAUCUCGAAAACGAACGGAAACGACAGAUGCUGCGACUGCGGCGCGCCAUCGCCUCAAUGGGCCUCGCCCAAGUUCGGAACCUUUAUCUGCCUUAACUGCGCAGGCACACACCGCGGGCUCGGUGUACACAUCUCCUUCGUCCGCUCCAUCACCAUGGACGCUUUCAAGCACGCCGAGAUCCAGCGCAUGGAACUGGGUGGCAACGAGCCUUGGAAAGCAUUCUACGACGCACAUGCCGUGACCGUUUCCGAGGGCCGCACGUUCGAAGACUCGACGAUCAAGGAGCGCUACGAGGGCGACGCCGGCGAGGAAUGGAAGGAGAGGUUGUCGUGCAAGGUGGAGGGCCGCGAGUACGUGCCCGGGCAGGAGAAGAAGAAUAACCCCUCGCGGUCGAGUACGCCGAUGAGCCUUGGUGGUGCCGUCCCGAUGGCGGGUACUCGGACGGGUUCGCCUUCUGCAUCGUCGAUUCGCUCGCAGGAUAGCAUGCGUGGACCGUCGACGAAGAAGGAGCAGAACGAGGCGUACUUUUCUAAGCUUGGAUCCGAGAAUGCUACGCGCACUGAUGCACUGCCUCCGUCGCAGGGUGGCAAGUUUACUGGUUUUGGUGGUGGUAUGCCUGCGCCUGCUGCUGGGGAGCGUCGGUCGUCGCCGUUUGGAGGGUUCGGUGGAUUGGGAGGCUUUGGUGGGAACCCGCAGUUUGAUGAAUUCCAGAAAGAUCCCAUGGGAAGUUUGACGAAGGGUUUCGGGUGGUUCGCCUCGACUGUGGGCAAGAGUGCUAAGCAGGUUAACGAUUCAUAUCUACAGCCCACGGCCAAGCAGCUCGCCGAGUCAGACUUCGCUGCUCAAGCCCGGAUGCAGGCUGCCAACUGGGGUCAGAACCUGCAGACCGGUGUCCGUGGCGCCGCAGACCAAUUCAACCGCUUCGUUGAAGGUGAAGACGGCCGUCCUACGCGCUCCGGCGUUGAACCGGAGCGUCGGGAUUUCUGGGAUGACUUCUCGUCUCUUGGCGAAGAACGCCAUGGAAAUGGCGACAGUCACGCACGGAGCGGGUCCCGAUCUGAUGUAAUCGGCACAGCGGCGAUGCGCAAGGGCCCUGCGGCCUCGUCGUCGCUGGCUAACUCCUCUACUUCUGAGCCCACUGGGAAAGAAGGAGCAGAGGGUGGUGCAUCAUCUACAGCCAAGGGCAAGGAUGACUGGGAUGAUAACUGGUAG